AUGAAAAAGACUAACUCUCCUAAUUAUCCUAACAACUUGAACAACAAAUAUCACCUAAAUAACGCCUUAAACAUCAAUAAACUGAAUGAUAAUUUCAACAGCAAGACUGAUAACUUCAACAGCUGCAAUAGUUUCAACAACAAGAAAAGGAUCCUACACUCCCACCUCAAAAACUCUCUCGACGACAAUGAAGAUGGAGACAGUGAUGGUUACAAAUUGGAGAAAGAUUUCAAAUCAGGGAAAAGUUUUAUAGAAGGCAUACUGGGCUGCUUGAAGCCGAUGUUAAACCUUUUUAGUAGAAACAAGAAUAACAUUAACGAUGACAGCAGCUGGGAGAUAGAGUUCGAGAGUAUAUCAGACCUGGAAUGGCUGGGCAGCGGAACCCACGGCGCAGUUUUCCUCGGCAGGUGGCGAGGCGAGCUGGUGGCCGUCAAGAAAGUUAGGAGCAUCUCCGAGGCUGAAGUUAGGCAUUUAAGGAAACUGAACCAUCCUAAUAUCAUCACUUUAAAAGGCAUAUGUACACAGCCACCAUGUUUCUGUAUUGUCAUGGAAUACUGCCCAUACGGCCAACUGUACGAAGUUCUACGAUUUGCAAAAACACUUCCGCCGCACCUACUGUUUGAUUGGUCAAGACAGAUAACCAAUGGCAUGGCUUAUUUACACUCUCAUCGAAUCAUUCAUCGAGAUUUAAAAUCACCCAACAUUCUCAUCUCGCACAAUGAUGUAGCCAAGAUUUCUGACUUCGACACGUGUCGCGAGUGGAAGGAGAGGAGUGCCAAGAUGUCCUUCGUUGGAACCGUCGUCUGGAUGGCGCCGGAAGUCAUCAGGAAUGAACCCUGCUCCGAUAAGAUCGACGUCUGGUCAUUCGGUGUGGUCCUUUGGGAAUUGAUGACGUUGGAGAUCCCGUACAGGCACGUGGAUUCAUCUGCCAUUAUGUGGGGAGUUGCCAGUCACACAAUGCUCCUUCCCAUUCCCGAAACAUUCCCACAAGGAUUUAAGUUGCUAAUGAAGGAAUGCUGGAACGCCAAACCACGAAACCGACCAUCAUUUCGUCAAAUACAGAUGCACCUGGAGAUAGCAGCCAACGAUUGGCUGAGCAUUGAGGAGGAGGAGUUUUAUAAUUUGCAGCAACAAUGGGCCGCUGAAAUCAGCGAAAAACUGGCCACUAUGCAGAAAGAAGGUUUGAAUUGUCCGAAAAUUGAGGAGGACCUUGUUAGGAAGAGGAAGGAGGAACUGAGACACGCACAGGACAUACGGUUGUUGUAUGAGCAGAAAUUGGAGCGUACAAACAAACUGUACACUGAAUUGACGAGUAUGAUGCAGAAGCUGGAUGAAAGGGAGGAACGAGUCGUCAGGUUGGUUGGUUGA